AUGUCAACACGGAUCUUGCAGGGCAAUCCAUCUUAUCUCUUCGCCACCACAUACCACCUCUCCUCAGUUUCGUUGAUAUCUUCAGCCAUGGUCUAUCCUGCCAACAAACAUGUCAUCAAGACCUUUAAAUAUCUCGUGGAUCUAUUGCCAGAGGGGGAACGAGCCAAGCCACAAGUGGUACUUCUAGCUGGAGAAGUUGUCGGCUUCAGAAACGACACUGAUCGGGAGCUCGUUUUCCGUCAAGAAAGCAACUUCUUCUACCUCUCAGGAUGCACUGUGCCGUCGUCUUAUCUUCUAACCGCCUACCAACCUGGCACCUCACUGUCCAACACACCUUCCGUCGAGCUUUUCAUCCCAAAGGCAGAGCUGGCGGACAUGAUGUGGUCUGUACCUCCUCCGUCUCUGACAGCUGCGAAGGAAAUACAUGAUGUCACUUCAGUGGCUCAUCCAGCGGAGCUCCCUGGUGCAAUCAACACCUUGCUGAAAGUACUCCCAGGAGCCCUAUUCCAUACCCUUCCGCGAAAUUCCCCUCUUUUCCCAACCCUUGCACCAGAAUACACCGAGCAGGUCCUUAACCCAGAGAAUGGCGACGGUGCCGUUACCGACUUGUAUCUCCUUCCUGCUAUCCAACGUGCUCGCCUGACGAAGGACGCUGAUGAGCUGGCCCUAGUCAAGCAUGCCAAUGAGAUCAGCUCGCGAGCUCAUGAAGUCGUCAUGCGAGUCCUGGGAAAGGCUGUGAAGAACAAGAUCGAAGCUAGUCUCGGGACGGGUGUAGAUAGGCCGCUACUUCCUGGAGAAUGGUUGAUUGAGAAGGAAGCUGAAGCCGAGGCGAUAUUUGUGGCUUCUUGCAGGAGAGAGGGCGCUGUGCAUCAAGCAUAUCUGCCCAUCGUAGCCGCCUCAACUCGUGCAUCGACUCUCCACUACUGUUGCAAUGACCGCGAGUUCGCCUGGGGCCCUGUGAAACCACACGAUCAUCAUAACAACAACGAGUUGGCGCAUGGAAAGUCGAAGGAGCUCAACCCUCAAGUCUUGCUCAUCGACGCGGGCUGCGAAUGGAACUGUUACGCCUCUGACAUCACUCGCACCAUGCCAGUUGGAAAUGGAGGAAAGUUCACUCCAGAAGCCCGUGCUAUCUACGAGCUUGUUCUUGAAAUGCAAAAGCAAUCGUUUGAAAUUAUCAAAGCUGGCCUUCACUGGGACGCUGUCCAGCUCAUCUGCCACCGCACGCUCGUCAAAGGAUUUCAGAAGCUUGGCAUCUUCAAGACUCCUGACUCGUCAGGAUCAGGAUCCUGGAACUCCGAGGAAGCCAUUCUAGCCUCUGGUGACUCCUCCGCUUUCUUCCCUCAUGGCGUCGGCCAUUCGCUGGGUAUGGAUGUCCACGACGUGCCGAGCGCCAGCAAGCCUGCUAUCAAUUCUACGAUUGGAGGCGUUGCCCUCGGUCAUGAGAGUUUCUACACUUACCUGCGCUUGAGGCUGCCUCUGGAGGCAGGGAUGGUUGUCACUGUCGAGCCAGGCAUCUAUUUCUCUCCUCACCUUCUCGCCGCUAUCCGAAACUCGAAUCACAUUAACCAUGAGGUUCUGAAGAAAUAUGAGCCAGUUGGAGGAGUCAGGAUCGAGGAUGUCGUCCUCAUAACUGAGACUGGUUAUGAGAACUUUACGACAGUCAGAAGCGACGUUGCUUGGGUUGAAGGUGUCUGUUCUGGAGAGCUUUGA